AUGAUUAGAAUCGUCCUUACGAGUUAUGCAAACAGCUCUAUUUUUUCGAUUCCUAGAUGUGUUAUUGGGGAGGCUUUUAAUGAGUGUAAUGCCUGUUUACAAGCUCAACCUUCUAAGGCAAAGGAAAUGUUUAAGCAUAUUCUUGCCAAGACGCUCUUUGAGAGAUUAGUCAUUGAUCUUGUUGAUACGAGGAUUUUCGCAGGACAAAAUGAUGGUCUUGGUUUAAUUUUUACAGGUAUAGAUGUAAAAUCUAAAUAUAUAAUUUCUUAUGUCCUUAAAGGUAAGAAUGUGAACGAUGUUUUUUUAGACCUUAAAAUGGCUUUUUAUAAACUUUGUGAUCCUUAA